UCUUUUACCGAUUUUUACACUAUGUUUUUGUUAACAAUAUAUUGUUAUGCAGCUUACCAAAAAUAUGACGGGGACGUACUUUUUUGGACGCCAUACCCAAAACGGUGCUGAAUGCAAGACCUGAGCGAAACUCUUAACGGGAUUAUAGCGUCGAUUCGACUUUCCGCCUUGGAUUUCGGAUAUAUUUAUUGGUUGUGUUGGAAUGGAAGGCAGAGAGUUUGGCCCUCCUCCGCCGCUACUGACAGAGCGCGGCCCGCUGGCUUACCGCGCCGCCUCUCGGAUCACUGCAGCCGGCCACACAGCCGUGCAGCACCCCGCGGCCUUUCAACCCGGGAAAUACUACCCAUCACACAUCCCCAUACCUUCAUCAGGCACUGGAUUAAUGGCCAACUCCUCUGCUUCUUUCAUGGGCACCUUCCUAGCCAGCAGUCUGGGUUCACCACCAUCUCACUCCUCCGGACCCCCGUCUUCUCCCUCCUCUCCCCCUUACCGCGGUGGACCCCACUCCACUGGACCGUCUCAGAUCUGGUUCCCACACCCACAUGAAGCCCCGGGGUAUUCCCGAUUUUCUGGAAGUCUCACCCCCACCUUUCUUCCCAUGAGCCCCCUAGAUCACCAUGGAAACAGUGGCGUUCUCUACGGACAGCACCGAUUCUACAACACUUCAAAAGAUUUUUAUCUCAGAAGUCUUUCAUCACAGCCCCACCUUCUUUCCACCAAUCACACCCUCCCACCGUUGAGUCGGACUGCCCCUAGCCACCCCCUGGGCUCCAGUAGCCGGGAGCGAGAGCCUGGAGGAGGGGGGGCCACCCAGAAAAGCUCUAAAGAACCAGAUGUAGGAGAGCGUGGUGUUACGGUUGGGGUAAAAGAAAAGGAAAAAAACAAACAGGAAGUGAAGGAGCGCCAGCACUAUGACUCACCUUCUCCAGCCCCCCACCAUCACCAAAACCUCCAUCCACAUCAUCCUCAACUACAUCCCUUAGGGCCGGAGGGCGAUUCUAGGCACAAAGAUGACCCAAAGCAUUUCAGUGCCUGCCUUCUCACUACCAAGACCCAUACCGGUUCUCACCAAGGGACAACAGUCAGAGGUUCCUCCUCCCUACCCAGUUGCGUGGGGCCAGGGGCCUUGAGCUUAGGGACUAGUCACAAGGGAAGUGGAGGUAAUAUGUGUUGCAAAGAAGUGAGUGGUGAGAUGCGAAUCAGUGAGCCUACGUCAGACUGCUUGCGCCACAGUGCUAUGGUAGGUCAUGCCCAUCCAGUGUCCUAUGCUAUGCCCACUCCCCUCGGCUUAAGCUCAGCAGUUGGAGGAGCAUGGCCACACCCGAUUCAUCCCCACCAUCACCACCCACAUCCAGACUUAUACUGUCCCCCAGCCCCACUCACCAUGUCUUCUGCUCAGGAUAAAAACAUAGCUCCUGGUGCAGGCAGAGACCGGAAAGUGACAGGACCCACAUUUGUGCCCUCUGUGGGGCCUCUAGGGGACAGGAGCAGUGGGCCAUUUCAGCUGGGUAAUCCUAACUGUCAGCUUCUAGAAGAAGUUGAUAAAGAAGGAGCAGGAGAAGGAAUAGGAAAGGUCAAAGCUUCAGAAAGGAGCAGCAAUGGAGGCAGAGUAGCUCCUCCUCCAGUGCCUCCCCUCCUAACUCCUAGUACCUGCCAAAAAAAGCCUUCAAGCCAACAACAGCAACAUGUGUAUGGAAAGGCAGACAAGGGUCCAGACUGGUCAAUAGGCCCUCAUCCACAUUUGCCACAGCAGACACAGCACAGUCAUGAUCACCAGCCACAUUCCAAUCUUCCAGCCCAUUCCUACAGUCUAGAAGCCACUGAGAAUUCCUCCAGGACAAAUGCUUAUCAGCCCUCUCUGCCACAGGGUGCCAAGGAUGGCUGUCAGUCUAAGAGCAGCUCAUAUGUCAGCACACCACCUUUUCGGGACUGUUCUCAGUUAGAUUCUCCUCGUAGAGUUCUAUCAGAAGGCAAGGCCAGUGGUGAAAGCGGGUGCAUACUCCAGCGGGACAGCCAGAGAAUAGCUAGGAUACAUCAUCACCAGCAUAACAACAGGACUGGAGUUAAUGGACAGGAUCCAGAACUGGGUCCAAGCAACAGUUCUCGAGACAAGCAAAAGCCAGAAAUGGAAAUAGCAGCACAGGUGUACACUGGACAUCAGACGGGUUCUUUGUCAUCAUGGGAGGAGGGAAGACAGCAGUCUCAACCUGAAGAUGAGCGACGCAAGUCCUCCUCUUUUAGUACAGGAGACCACUCUGUUUUCCAUUCCCACCAGCAACCUUUACUAGGCCCUCAAGGGCCAGAAAACAGUGCCAUGAAAAACCUGAUGAAGUACAGCAGCCAUCAACCCCACCUGCUUUCCCAAAGGAGCCCAUUCGGGGGCCUUGGCAGCCUAAAGCAGGGGGCAACAAAUAGAGACAAGAAUGAGAAGAGUGAGAGGAAUGGAGGGGGUGCAAGCUGUGCCCAACAGGAGGGCAAGCAAACCCUACCUUCAAGAAGGGCCUCAUCCUCUGGGGAGAGUGAGCGUUUAGAGCGGGCAGGCCGUGAUUCUGGAGAGGGGGAAGGGGAGGUGCGGCAGCCCCCUGUGGGCAUAGCUGUGGCAGUCGCCAGGCAGAGAGAGCCACUGUGCCGCCCACCAGACAGGCAUUCCACCCACAGCCGCCACGGCAGAGUGCUGCCCAGCAUGAAGGGGGCGGGGCGCUCAGUGUACCCACUGCAACGGGACUUGGAGGAAGAAAGAAAGAGUGUGUCUGAGGAACAGCUGUCUCUAUAUCCGCUGGACAGGGAAAGAGAAUUCCUUCUCAGGGAAAACAAGGACCUGGUUGAGUUCGAUAGAAUCAUCCAUGGUAGUUGCCAUGGAGACCUGACCUCUCACCUAAUGGUGCCAGGUGGAAGCCAAUUAGGAGCUGAUCCUUCUGUACAUGCUCACCCGGCUCAUCAUCACUGGAUGACGCGUACAGGAAGUCCCUCCCUCUGGCUUGGACACUCCUAUGGUCUGAGUCAUGCCGCAUUGCACCAGAACUUGCCCCCAGGCUUCCCUGCUACCAUGCCCAGUCCCCUACAGCCUGUCCUGUCUCUGCCACAAGACCCUUCUGCUGCCCUGGUAGUUCUACCCACUGAACCGGCUGCCCACCCUGCCACCCAUCACCUAGAUGUGAUGGAGCAACAGGGACUGUGGCCCCCUGUGUACGGGGCUCGAGGGCCUGCCUCGCACAUACAGCAUCCGUCUGUCUACUCCCGCCAGUUUCUACGGCAACAAGAGCUCUAUAUGCUGCAGCAGCAUCAGCAACACCACAGAGCUGCACAGGCAUUGGAGCUAGCACACAGACACACACAUUAUCAGAGAAAACCUGAGGACUCCUUCAUCAAUUUAGAUGAAGGUCAUCCUGAACCUCGCACCCCAAAACCAGCAAAACCUUUCUCCUACCCCUCAUCUAAUAAAGCAAGCAGCUCCUCCUCCUCUCCAGGGGGAUGCGCCUCCCGUCUCUCACCCUGCUGCCACUCUCCUGCCCCACGGCCCCAUCUAAAAAGCACACCGUGUACCCCCUGCCCCGAGCCGAGUCCAGCUGUAGCGGCGCCUCGCUCCCCUGCCCUCAGCCCUCAUGCUGCACCCCACCUUCCAAAAGAAGCUGAGUCCCAGGACAAGAGAGGGGAGGGCCAGCCGCCUCAGGACUACCCUCACUCUCUGGAGCCUGAUCUCCCACCAGACUUUAUUUAUCCUACUAUUAGUAUUGGUUACAAAGCUGGUCUGUCACCCCAAGAAGUACAGUUAACUGAGCAUGCUGACCUGGAGGCGGAACAAGCUGAGCCUUUUGAACCAGCACCAAAGCCACUCCCACUUUCUAUUGUAGGGGAGGAGCCUGUGUGCCAGGAAGCAGAAUCCCCUACUCACAGUGUUCAGGUGGAACCCCAGGUAGAGGAUGUUCAGAAAAGAAAUAAAGUGACAGAUGUAGAGUUGGAUCAGGAACGGGACAUUACCUCUACUUCAGCCUCUCACUCUUCACCUAUAUCACCUAUACCUCUUUACCAACCCUCCAACUCCCCCUGCCCAGCUUCUCAACCUUUAGUGGAGGAACCACAAAUAGACACAUUUAGUUUACCUUCCCAUGAUCAAACCAGUGUUUUUAUGGUCCAAGACACACCCCCUGAUGAUGAUGCCAAAACUCAAGAAACAGGAUUUCCGUCCAUGGAUGUACCUGCAUUUUCCAAGGAGGCCCGGUCUCUGGAGUCUACUGAGUAUAACCAAGCCAGGACUGAUAAGGAAAGUGCUGCUUCAUCCAGUGAUUCUGUAGAACUUAUGGAGAUUACCCAAUCUUCAUCACCCUCCUGUCCCUGCCAUGAUCUUACUGAUCUUGGUAACCAGUAUCCUGGCACCUGUAUAUGGAGUUUGGAGCUUCUUAUUGCUGCAGCUCUCUGUGCCACACGGGAUGCCCAGAUGGCUGCGUCAGUGGUGGUGCCUGUGCCCACAGCACCCCCUCAACAUGGCAUGGAGCUACUGAGUGAGCUUGCAGAGCUGGAGAGGCUACAGCAAGAGAGGAGUACAAGUACAGAGAGUGGAGGAGAUGAGAAACUGACCAUCGAUUUAGUGAGCUUAGCAACCCUUGCAGCAGCACGAGCACUGGAGGUAGCUCCACUCACCACCACUGCCUCACUCCAGCCCCUACGUCGAACGCUUAACCUGCGCAGGAAGUGGAAAUGGACACCGCACCGCGAACCGGUAUGUCCAGUGAAGAGUGUAAUGGAGACAUUGGACAGAGAGGAGCUGGCAAUGAGAGUACAGCUGGCAGAGCUGCAGCGACGCUAUAAGGAAAAACAGAAGGAGCUGGCCAAGCUACAGAGAAAACAUGACCACCUGAAGGAGGACACCUCAAGAAGCCCUGCCCGUCGAGGACCUGGAAGGCCACGAAAGCGCAAACCCACCCCCACAACAACUACCCCUACAGAUACCAUCAAGAGGGUCAAGUUGGUGGGAGCAGGGCCAGGUCUGCUUGCUACUGAAGAGGAUCUGGCUGGAGGAGGGGACAAGGACACAAAGAAAAAGAGGACAGUCAGUAACACCUAUUACAUCAGUACCACACAGGCUCCCUGUAGACAGAGAGGCAGGCCAAGACUGCUGGGCUCCAAGAUGGCCCAACUUAAACAGAAGGCCAACACCAAGCGAGGAUCCAGGAUAGACAGCACUGCUGAGCAUAAUCAUGGUAGCACAACGGGACGCCAUAGUGACACAGGGAUUACUGAGACAGGAGACCAUCAAAGUUCAGAUAGCCAAAAAAUAAUGAUGAAGAGAGGACGGAAGGCAAAGAUUAACCUGGACCACGCCACCUCUCACAUGCAAAAUCGGGCACAGCAGAUGGUACCCACCAGGCCCCUAAACAACACCAAGCAGGAGGUGACAGGAAAGGACAGCUCCUCCGUUGACAGCGAGUUGUCCGAGCCAGAGGAGGAAGAUGAUGGCAUCUAUGAUAUCGAAGAAGUGCCAGAGGACAUCAAGAAUCUAUCUUUUAAAUCACAGCUGCCUGGAGCUUGUGGUCCUUCCUCCAUAGCGAAGCAAACUGUUAGACAGAAUGCCAAGAGCAAGAAGGAGAGACAAGGGUCUGUAAAUGUGAUGCUCUACAAGGCAGAGGUGAAGCACAGAAAAAGGGCCCCCUGUAGGCCAACAAUGCAUAGUAAAGACAGAAUUUGUCCGAUGGUGCAGAAGAGACCAAGUGGGCUCAAGUGGAGGGGUGUUUCUCAGGAGAACAGCUUUCAUCAUACUAGGGUCCUCAAAUCUAUUUACAAUCCAUCCAAAAGGACAACUGGGAAAGAGUCUACAAUCCAUGGAAAGGAUGCCAAAAGGCAAGGCAUGAGCCAGCUGCUGGAGAACUUUACUGCAGACGAGGGAUUCCGCAUGAAUGAUGACAGCAGCUUCUCAGAAGGGGAGGAGGAUGGAGAGGAGCAACACAGGAAUACAGUGCCAGCCCUGCCUAACUGUGUUCUGACCAAAGAAGCCCUGCGUGAUGGACUGAAGGUGUUAAUCUCUAAGGAAGAUGAGCUGCUUUAUGCUGCAUAUGUGCACACACUGGAUCUACCUGACAUCUACAGCAUUGUCAUUGAAGGCGAGAGAGGAAACAGGCCAAGGAUCUACUCACUGGAACAAUUGCUUCAGGAAGCAGUUUUAGAUGUGCGACUGGAUACAGUGGAUGCUCUUAUUAAUGGAACAAGAGUGUGUGCUUAUUGGAGUGAACGUUCUAAGUGUCUGUACCCUGGAUAUGUCCGUAGAGGCAGCCCAGGAGAGGAGCAGAAGGAAGGUUCUGUUAUGGUGGAGUUUGAUGAUGGAGAUCGUGGCUGGAUUUCCCUGCCCAACAUUCGCCUUCUUCCCCCUGGUUACCAAAUAUACUGUGCUGAACCCUCCCCAGCUCUAUUGGCUUCUCCAACUCGCCGCAGACGGAGAAGCUCCACUCAGGAGAAGAACACCUACCAAAAUGAUGUCUCUUCAGAAUGGAAAACAGCUAUUAAAGCCAAACCAGGUAGACCCAAGUCGGUCAGUUUGUCAACAAAAAGCAGUGCUUCUGAGAAUGUAACCCCAUCUCUUCCUACCUGGCCGUCUGUUACGAUGUCCAAAAAGAGACCUUACUUGGAUUUGUUUCAGUUCAAUGGACUGUCCAGGAAAACUUUAAAGGUGAAGGAAACAGACAUGUUCCCCUUACUUGGCUCUACCAUGGGUACCCCAGCUAAAGGGAUCUUUGGCACCUCCUUUGAGGUCGAUUCUUUUAGCAGCAUUGCUAAUGGUUAUACAAGCUUUUGUAAUCAACAACCACAAGCUGGGUUACAGGUUGGUCACAAGAGCACCUCAAAUAUUAGAGGAAGAAAGACAGGAGAUAGAAAAGAGUACCUGAUAAAGCUGGACCAUGAAGGAGUUACCUCUCCGAAGACAAAGAAUGGAAAAGCACUUAUGCUUCUUGGAAAUGGAGAAUUCGAUACGAAAGGAGCAAGAGUUGAAAAGGGUUCUGGGACCAAAGGAACAAGAGAUCUGACCUCUCCUAUAGACUGCUCCCAAUCAAUGUUACUGGUGAAGGAUACGAAACGAGGUAGCAGCCACCUCAUUAAAGGUUCAUCUGACGUGCGGAAACACUCUAAGCCUUUGGGUCUAGGACUUGGUGACUAUGCAGAUUAUGGGUUGAACUUCCAUAGUGAUUGUCUUAGCUCCUACUCAGACAUGGAUGAAGAUGAAGAAGAGGAGGAUGCAAGAAGGGCAACAAUGCACAACCCUGGACGCUUUCUCUCUCGUCUCUCUAUCUCCUCCUCCUCCUCAGGUUCAUCUAGCUCAUCGAGUUCAGGCUCGCUGUCCAGUUCAAGUGUCUGCUCUUCUGACAAUGACUCCUCCUACAGUUCAGAUGAAGAGGAAGCAUCUCAGCUUCUACUGCAGGGCUGCCUGUCCUCCCAUCAUGCAGUACUUCAACAGCAGCAGCAUCCUGAUCCAACAACAGUCCCGCCACGUCAAGCUUUCACUGCUAAAGCCAUGGGUGUCACCAGCUCUAAAGCCAUGGCUAGCAAUGGUACAGGCAAACACCAGAGAAAAAAGGAGAUUUCCAGUAAUUCACUGACUACAGCACAAUCCAAAUCCUCCAAGGACUGUCCCAAAAAACAAAAGUCAGAGAGCCCACCCAGCUCAACAUUUAUGUCAGUGCGUCAGCUGUGGAGGUGGUCCGGAAACCCUACUCAGAGACGAGGUCUGAAGGGAAAGGCCAGGAAACUCUUUUACAAGGCCAUUGUCCGGGGUAAAGAUAUAAUUAGAGUGGGUGACUGUGCAGUGUUUUUAUCUUCUGGUCGACCUCAUCUCCCAUAUAUUGGACGCAUCGAGAGCCUGUGGGAAUCCUGGGCUAGCAAUAUGGUUGUAAAGGUGAAGUGGUUCUACCACCCUGAAGAGACAAAACUUGGAAAAAAUCACCGGGAUGGCAAGAAUGCCCUGUACCAGUCUUGCCAUGAGGAUGAAAAUGAUGUUCAGACCAUCUCCCAUAAGUGCCAGGUGGUAAGCCGGGUCGAGUACGAACAUCUUAGCCGUCUGAGAAAACCCAACAGCAACAGCCAGGACCUAUACUACCUGGCAGGAACAUACGACCCUACUAGUGGCCAACUGGUCACAGCUGAAGGAGUAUCAAUCAUCUGCUAACCUUCUAUCAUAUGGAUGUACUACUGAAGAAUCUUUCCUUCUUUUAAGGAGGAUCCUGGAAGGGCUGACAAUCGAUUUUUACUGUGCUCUUAAUUCUUUUUAACCCCUCAUAACUGGACACUAAAUGAAGAAGAGAAGAUGUUUCGCUUUGAGGUUGCACCUCAUUCAUUUCUGCUCUUAACUUUUGGGACUUUCACACUCAACAGCCAAGGAACAAUAUUGUAGUUCUCAGUGAAAAUAAUGAGGCACUGGACAUAUUUUAAACAGGAUAUUUAUACUGACUGGGUUGAGGAUGUAAGAGAUUUACAUUUUAGAAACCCUGAAUGAAGGUGCGUUCACUGUACCCCGAUCGUCUUUAUCAUAUUAAGCUCCCUGUAAGUCUGCUGGACCAAAACAACGGCAUGGUGUGAGUGUGUGAAUGUGUCCGUACAGGGGUCAGCUACAUACAAAAGGGGUGUCACUCUGUAGACAUAAAGCCCCUCAUGGCACUACAUUUUCACAUUAUCACUAUCUUGGAUGUACAGUUCACUCUGACACCUCUGGGUAUCCAUGAGUUUCUGGGGAUUUUUAAUGCCCACACAACAAAACAUUAAUAUAAUUUUAAUUUAAACUUCUGAUUUUUUUUCAAUCAAGCCAUACACUUUAGUACCUCUUACUUACUGUACUUUUUAUUCAGGUGUAUAGUUGUAUAAUUGUUUAUUUGAUGUGUGUAAAUAUAUAAAUAUAUAUAUAAAAAGUAUUAACUGUAAAUGUAAUAUAAAUGAAGAGAGAACUCUUUUGCUCUUAAAUGCUCUUGAUUGUGUUAUUUUUUUAAAAAUAUUUUUGUGUUAUUUUUGUGUUUGAUUGUGGGAUGUGUGUUCCCAGAAACACCACCCAACACUGAAUAUGCUCUGUUCUCUGUGAGCUGGGUCAAUUUAGUAUAAAUACUGCAACAGUGGGAUUGAACAGUCCACUCUGAGUUUGGCUGGUUAAUGGGAAACAGGCAAUCUGUGUACUCCUAAUUGUUACCCUUUUCAUAUUUGUGUUUUAGUUUUUUAUUUAGCUUUGUCUAAAAUCAAAAUCAUUUGUGCAAUGCGUUGCCCUCUGUGUGGGUUAUGAAUAGAACAAAUGCGAUUUAAAGCCUUUGUGGCACUUUGCACUCAAGACAAGUUGCCAAUACAUCCAUGUAUUGCCAGAUCAAUACAGUAUGUAGGUAGAACAUUGUUUACCUAAUAGAUAGAUAGCUAAUUUAAAAAAAAAAAUCUGGCCUCCCAAAUAGAAACCAAAGCACCUCCAAGGGUUAUUUUACAAAUUGCAAUAAAUGAAUGAAGUCUGUGUAAAUAGUAUAAGGUAUAAGUUAAGGGAGCCCUGCAAUUUUUUUUCUGCUGGUGUAUUUUAAAUCACUUGACAAUGUUCAUACUUGCUAUAGUGCAGUUACUGUUUUGUUUGCUUUAAUACGACUGAAGCAGCUUUAUGUUUCUGUAAUGUUGCUGUAAGGCUUCCAUGUGGGUAACAGCAAUGCUGUGUUGAGGAUUGAUCUGCAGCAUACCAGCAGGCACUUCAGGCCCUCAAAGGCUUUUGAAGGCCUGUGUCAUGUGAUCAUGAAGGACAAUCAGAACCUGUGUGAGAGGGUGGUUUAAAACUGAUCAAAUCUUACUUUUGCCUCUCGUCACUUUUAAUUCCUGCUUUGCCAAAAAUUUUGUUUUAUACCUUUCUCCAUUGUCUUUGUCUGAUAUUUUUGUCUGAUAUGCAAGCCUGUAAAGACUGUUCAGUGUAGAUUUGAGGAAAGGACAGAAAUGCCUUUCAGUUCAUAAGACUAACUCUUUAAAAUGACUUUGUUGCUGUUACACUGCAGAAGCAAAAGCUUUAAAACAUAUGUGAAAUAUUCAUGUAAAGUCACUUUUUGGGUCUAUAAAAAGAAAACAAUUAUUUUCAUAACUAAAACACUGGAUUCUUUAAUGAUUCUGGUAACACUGGCGUCAAUGGUCUGCCAGAAAGUUGUGCAAGCCUCAGAAGAAAGUGGAAUCAUUCUACAACCUAAGACCCACUGGGAAUUCAUUUUUUUGGACUGAUGUACUUUUUAACAUUAUGGGGAUAUUUGCAUUGUUUAGACAAGUUAUUUAUCUUAAUUUUAAUGCAUUUGUUUUGCCUUUUAAUAAAAAAAGAUUGCAAAUUUAAAA